GUAUAUAAAGUUGGUGGAUGACACUGGAAAGUCAUCAGUUACACAGUUCUCUUCACAACUGGUGUUUGGUUAACCGCGUCUACUAACUUACACGUAGCAAAAUCUAAGCACAAACUACAACAGAAUGAAGGUCUUCGUAUGCAUCUUAGCUGUGGUGGCCACAGCCCAAGCAGGUUUUCUGGGCCUUGGGGGCGGUAGCGGUGGCGGCGGCGGCGGCUACUCAUAUGGUGGCGGUGACGGUGGUCACGGUGGACAUGGUGGUUUUGAUGGCGGUCAUGGUGGUCACGGUGGCUUCGAUGGCGGCUACGGUGGCGGUCACGGAGGUCACGGCGGUGGCGGCGGCGAAGUGAAAAUCAUCAAGAUCAUUAGCGAUGGCGGUGAUGGUGGUCAUGGCGGACACGGUGGCUUCGAUGGCGGUUACGGUGGCGGUCAUGGCGGACAUGGUGGUCAUGGCGGUCACGGUGAUGGCGGCUUCAAUGGUGGAUUCGGAACCAGCGGUGAAUUGAAAAUCGUGAAAGUCAUCAGCGGAGGCGGCGGCGGCGGCGGUCACGGUGGAUACAGCGGCGGCGGCGGUCAUGGCGGUCAUGGUGGUUACAGCGGCGGCGGUCAUGGCGGUCACGGUGGUUACAGCGGCGGUGGCGGUCAUGGCGGACACGGUGGCGAUGUUAAAAUCAUCAAGGUCGUGCAUGAGGAAGGCGGUCAUGGUGGUUUCGAUGGCGGCUAUGGUGGCGGUCAUGGUGGUCAUGGUGGUUUCGAUGGCGGCUACGGUGGCGGUCAUGGCGGUCAUGGUGAUCACGGUGCUGGCGGUGAAGUCAAAAUCAUCAAGGUCAUCAGUGAAGGCGGCGCUGGCGGUUAUGGCGGUGAUGCCGGCGGUUAUGGCGGGGGUGCUGGCGGUUGGGCUGCUGGUGGUGGUGGCGGUUGGGCUGCCGGUGGCGGUGGCUGGGUUUUUGUGUGCCUGUUGGCACUUUCUGCCCUAACGGCAUCAACCAAUGCAGGAUUUCUUGGAUUAUUAGGAGGACUUAAAGGCGGCCUCGGCGGCGGCGGUGGCGGUGGCGGCUACGGCGGUGGUGGCUACAGCGGUGGCGGUGGCUACAGUGGUGGCGGCGGCUAUGGCGGUGGCUACGGCGGUUCCAAUGUACAAGUCAUUAAAGUUAUUGCCUCCGGAGGUAGCGGAGGUGGCUACGGAGGUGGCGGCGGCUACGGCGGUGGUGGCGGCUACAGCGGUGGUGGUGGCUACAGCGGUGGUGGUUGGAGUGGUGGCCAUUCCGGCGGCUACAGCGGAGGUGGUGGCUACAGCGGAGGUGGCGGCUACGGCGGUGGUGGCGGCUACGGCGGCGGUGGUCAUUCCGGCGGUGGUGUCCAAGUCAUUAAAGUAAUCGCAGCAGGCGGUCAUGGCGGCGGCGGCUACAGUGGUGGCGGUGGAUACAGCGGCGGUGGUGGCUACGGAGGUGGUGGUUGGAGUGGAGGACAUUCCGGCGGCUACAGUGGAGGUGGUGGCUACAGCGGAGGUGGCGGCUACGGCGGCGGUGGCCAUUCUGGAGGCCAUGUCGAUGUCUACAAAGUUAUAUCGCUAGGAAGUUCCGGCGGCGGCGGUGGCGGUUACGGAGGUGGCGGUUAUGGUGGCGGCGGCUGGUCUGGUAGCAGUGCCAGUAGCAGCGCUAGCAGCGGGGGCUGGGGCGGUUGGGAUAGAAAGAAGUAAGUAAGCUGCCGCUCAACAACAACUACUAAUUAAGUUUCCUGCAAACCGUUAAGUGAUUUUCUGAAUCAAAAUGAUUUGAUGCACUGCCAUUAUUUAAGUGCUUCGAAGGUCAAGGUCGAAGCGCUGAGAAUAUUUAAUGUACAAUUUUUUUUUAAUGAAAAAAGAGUGAUAACGAAUUAUAGUAUAGAGUGUAAAAGAAUGAAAGAGACAAAACAAUAAAUCAAAAAUAAAUAAUAGAAA